GAGUGCUGGUUCGCCUCAUUUCCCAAUUCUGCACUUCUUCACUUAACAUCCCUACCCUAUAUAUAUAUAUAUAUAUAUAUAUCAUGCAAGAUUAAAGAGAGACACAAACACACUAGAGAGAUAGAGAGAUGGAAUGGAGAAAGAGUUAUUUGGAUGUGAUAUUGGUGCCGCUGGCGUUUAUGAUAUGCAUGGGAUAUCACCUAUGGCUUUGGCAUAAGGUUCGAACCCAACCUCUCUCGACCAUCAUCGGUACCAAUGCUCGUGGCCGCAGAUUUUGGGUCGCCGCCAUCAUGAAGGACAACGAGAAGAAAAACAUCCUAGCGGUCCAGACGAUACGGAACACGAUCAUGGGAUCCACAUUAAUGGCGACGACGUCGAUCCUCCUCUGCUCGGGGCUGGCGGCCGUGAUAAGCAGCACCUACAGCAUCAAGAAGCCGCUGAACGACACGGUGUACGGGGCCCACGGGGAGUUCAUGGUGGCGCUCAAGUACGUGACGCUCCUCCUCAUCUUCCUCUUCUCCUUCAUCUGCCACUCCCUCUCCAUCCGCUUCAACAACCAGGUCAACUUCCUCAUCAACUGCCCCCUCCACGACGACGACGAAGGCGUCAUCACUCCCGACUACAUCGCCGAGCUGCUCGAGCGCGGCCUCACGCUCAACACGAUCGGCAACCGCCUCUUCUACGCUGCAUUGCCGCUCAUGCUGUGGAUAUUUGGGCCGGUGCUCGUGUUUCUGUGCUCCGUCACAAUGGUGUCGAUGCUGUAUAAUCUCGACGUCAUCGUCACGGCGGAGAAGGGGAAGAGUGGUGGUGCUGAUCAUCAGAAUAAUGGUCAUCAAUGUGAAUUUGUGUGAAAUGUAAAUUUGUUUUGAUAGGGACUAUAUUAUAAAUUUCGGGUUUAAAUUUUGGAUACAAUAAUUUUAUCAUGUUUUAUUGUUA